UGUGAUACAGUGCGAUAUAUCAUGUGAAAAACUGCUACAGAUACGUGGAUUGCAAGUUGCAAAUACAGUAAUAAAUACUGAUGCAAUGGAUAUGAUUAACGAAUUACUGGUGAAGGAGCGGCAGUGCAAGGUUCACAGCGUAUAUUGGUGACUCACGAUGGUACCUCACCAUUGCCUCCAGCAGCACCUAAAUAUCAAGGCUCUUGUUGCUCCGUCGUGAUCAGGUGAGUGUAAGGUUACAGCUCAUCGUGGGACAACUCACAGCUUGUCAGUUCUCAGCCAUGGGUUUUUCACUGUGUCUUCUCGUCACCACGGUGGUGGCAUCCGUCGCUCUCUCCAGCGCUGAUAAAACUCCUCAACGACCUCUUUAUCGGACUCUCAGGUCGUUCCAGAACUUCAGAAAUGACUUUUCCUCCAGCCCUGGAGGCAGAUAUAUUUUCGUGUAUCACGUUGGAGACAGUGAACGCCAUGAGGAACGCAACGAGGAAGGUGAAGUGCGAGGUCGGUACUCCUUCGUGGCUCCAGAGGGAGAUGAAUACCAGUUUAAGUAUGAUGCUGAUGCUGACGGGUACCGCGUGGAGAGUGACGCCCUUCCCUCCGCUCCUGAAGACACUGACGACGUCAAGAGGGCCAAGAAGGAGUUCUUCGAGGCCUACCAGAAGGCCCUCGAACUCGCCGAAGACGACGACUACGAGUACUCCGAGGAGAGCCAUGAGGAAUCCGAUGAGGAAGAGUCGAGCGAGGAAUCCGACGAGGACUUAGAAGACGAUUCAGAGGAGGAAAGUCAAAGACACUUCCAGGGAGUUCCAAACUUUGGAUUCCGUUACCCUUACUCUUUCAGCGGGAAAUAGAACCUUCGUCAGCACGACGAAACCACAGGACGAGUCUCCUAGUUAGCUUUCUCCUAGACAGCCUUACGCCUCUACCUAGCCAUCCCAUGACAGUCUUCUAGCGAUCAACAUGAGUUUUUACCCCUAGCCAGCAUCUCGCCACACCCAUCAUAGCCAGCGCUGCUUCAGUCCCUCUGUCCUUCAAGGGAAAACCGGGCAAAACAAACAACAGUUUCGAAACCGGUAUAAACCUUGGCAAUCAAUAUCGACAAAUUGGUUUAUAAAGACAUGUAAACAAAAACUAGGACAUAGAAAACGGUUUCGGUCCUGGGACUUUUAGUGAUCAGGGUCCCAGGACCGAAACAUUUUGUAAUAUGUCAUGGUGUUUGUUUACGUGUCUUUUUAAACCAAAUUCCACACUGCACCUCGGUAAACCAUCACGUCUCGGAUAAAAGAACACAACUGCAACUAAUGUGACAUUUUACUGUGGCAACGUUUCGCUCUCCGGGAGCUUUGUCAAGCCAUUCACUCCUGGAGAGCGAAACGUUGCCACAAUAAAACAUCGCAGUAAUUGCAAAUGUGUCCUUUUACCUAAGAUAUUGUGGGUAAUUCAACCAACAUUAUUACACCACGUCUCGGUAUUUAAAAAAAAAAUCAAGGCUAAGGAAAAGAUCCCCCAAAUGACUAUCUUUAUGGAUUCACCUCGUAUCCUGUAGCUUAUAAAACAGUGUAUAUGUUUGUGUGUGUGUGUGUGUGUUUUAUAUAUAUAUUUAUAUAUAUUAUUUAUUUGAUGUCUCUUUCUAGUCCAGUAUCGAUUAAUUUGAGAAAACACUUGAUUUCGGGUAGGUCUCUUGAUCCAAGGAAUAAUAGCUAUGGUUUCCUUGAAUCAAGCCUCAUCACCUUCCCUUGUCCCAAGCGUUAAACCCCGUACAGAUUUAACGCUUAUUCAUAUAUUUUAAACAUAAUUUUGUAGAAAAUAUCUCUUAGCUUAGCGAAAGCUCAAUAUUUAAUAUAUUUUAGAGAUAUUUAUGAAAGUCAAUAUAUUUUGCUAUUAUAUGAAUCGUAUGAGACUGCCAUUACCGUAUGAAUGUAGUGAUGGAUGAGUGUGUUCGUAUGUAUUGUUGGAUGACAGAGUAUGUAACUCUUGAAGGUUGAAAGUCUUUUCAUAUGUUGUACACAAUUGCUUU